CACAAAACCCGCAACGUAUAAGGAAAGGAAACAGAGAAAUACAGAAACAAAAUAUAUAAAAAAAACAUUUGUUCCAUUCUCGAUCCUUCCGGCUUGCUCAAAAGGUUGAUCAGACGCUAGGAUUUGAGAAGCAAUGGCGAAUAGAAUAGAUCAUGAGUACGAUUACUUGUUCAAGAUCGUCCUGAUCGGCGAUUCCGGUGUUGGUAAAUCCAACAUUCUCUCUCGAUUCACCAGAAACGAGUUCUGUCUCGAAUCCAAAUCCACCAUUGGCGUCGAAUUCGCCACCCGGACUUUACAGGUUGAAGGCAAAACAGUGAAGGCUCAGAUUUGGGACACUGCAGGUCAAGAGCGUUAUCGAGCAAUCACAAGUGCUUACUACAGAGGAGCUGUUGGAGCUCUUCUUGUCUACGACAUAACCAAGAGACAAACUUUUGAGAAUGUCUUGAGAUGGUUACGUGAGCUAAGGGAUCAUGCUGAUUCCAACAUUGUUAUCAUGAUGGCUGGAAACAAAUCAGACCUGAAUCACUUGAGAUCUGUUGCUGAUGAAGAUGGUCGCUCUCUCGCCGAGAAGGAAGGUUUGUCGUUUCUCGAGACAUCUGCUUUAGAAGCGACUAACAUCGAGAAAGCGUUUCAGACCAUUUUGUCUGAGAUUUAUCAUAUCAUAAGCAAGAAAGCUUUAGCGGCACAAGAAGCUGCAGGUAAUCUUCCGGGCCAAGGAACAGCGAUCAAUAUAUCAGAUUCAUCUGCAACUAACAGAAAAGGAUGCUGUUCUACCUAAUUACAACAAUCCAACUAUAGUGAUUACUAAUCAAUCAAUCACACGUUUUGAGUUUUCUCUUCUGAUCUCUUACCAGUUCGUUUCUUCUUUUUUGGUUUAAUUUCAGCAAGUAUAGUAUACCUUUUUCUUUCCGGGUCUUUGUUUUUCCAUAUCGUAUUGGAUUUAUGUUACAAGAUUUUGCUUAGUUGUAUUGAACUGUGAUCAUUCACACCAUUUUCUGAAAAAAGAAAGAUUUUUUUAGUAUCUUGAUUUAAAAUCUCUUGAAGACAUAAGUGUGAAUGAUUUCCUUAGGAUUAGUUUUUGGUUUGGCCAGUUUAUAUGCUCUUUGAUCAUUGUAAUAGUAGCAGCCAAAGUGGUCUAUAAAUUGUUG